AUGCAGUUUCCCCAAAAUGUGUUGUUUGUAUGUUAUUUUCCCCAUACCUGUCUGAAAAUUUUACACUUCACCUUUUGUCAAUUUCUGUGGAUAUGUGUAAUAAUGUACAUGAAUAAAAUAUUUCUGUUUACAUUAUUCCUUGCAAAUAUUCAGGAAAUAUUUGCUACAGGCGAAGUUCAAGCUGGAACAAAGCAAGAUGUUAAUGUUGAUCUUAGAAGAUUCAAAGAACAUUGCCGACAUGACGAAAAUGAUUCAAAGAUUCAUUUGAAAGCCUAUGUUUGUGAACCUGGCGAUACAAAAACAUUCCUAAAGGUGUUUUAUGAAGAUACCGAUUUGUGGAAUUCUUCAACCACUGAUGGGAAAACCUUUAAAAAAUUGGUCGUUUAUGUUAAGCAAAAUUUUCUUCAGCUUUUGCAUUUGACAUUAACAAAGGAUGGCAGAGAUGAGGAUCUUUACUACAAGAAAAACAAAUUGGAGUUUCCGACACUUGUUCCCGACGAGUUCACAAAACAAAAGACCGAAUUAGAAAAAACUAAAUACUAUUUGGACCAGUGGUUCCUUCUUGAUAUGGGCAACAAGGAUUUUUAUCUCAAUCACGUAGCAGAAACAGAAUCAUUACUCGAUGGAGUAGAGAAAAAACUGUUUAGUGUUUCUAAAGGCAAACCAUCAUUCCUUAGAGAAGGUACCCAAAAGGUUUGGGAGGAUAAUGGCCAUGCCAAAGGACUAACUAGUGCUGAACUUUAUGAUUUUGGUAACCAUAAACUUCUACUUCUUAAUCUUGGAGGUGAAAAUAAAUUUUUUGUCAAAUCAAAUUCAACUCAACCUCAAUCUCAAUGGACAUCUCUGGAUGAUCGAUCCGCAUUUGACACAAAGGUUUCCCAAUUCAAAUCUCGGUAUUUCUCAAACAACAUGGAGUACGAUCUUGCUCAAAAACCCGAUCUUAACAAACUAUCAUUACGCAGAUCAUCAUUUCCCGGUAAUUUGAAUGAGCUUACUCUUACUCCAACAAGAGAAUACCUUUUAAACAAAGUUAAAUACAACCAAACCGAUUUAUGGACUCCGGGUGGUACACAAAAGAGAGUGUUCAUGAUGCGACUAACUCUUUUGGGUUUUGAAGUUAGAGCGGCUGCUCUUUUUGUUACGGAUUCUCGCACCAAACUAACGCCAGUUGAAAACCUCCAUUAUUAUUACAAGGAAAAUGGGACUUUUAGAGAAGUUAAUAGGGAUGAAUACAAAAGAUUAGUAAAAGUCGUUAAGUCUCUAUCCGAUAAGACAAGCACGUUCACGUACAAUAGUGACUGGGUUCACAGAGCUGGUAGAUUAGAUGCAACUCUCUACAAUGAUGCCGAACUUAACGUUCAUAAACAAGAAGAUGCUUCUAAGGGUCUAGUUACAACAACACUUACACCCAAAGAUAAUUUUGAAUUCACAUCACUGUCAUAUGGAACUCUUCCUUUGUGGCCUACUGCAGUUCGUGCCACUACCGGUGUCGUAAAAAAUGUAGAAGUUGUCGCCAAAGACUCUCUAGUUCAAUUGGUCCGUUUAACUCUUAGACUGCCAUCCAAUUAUACACUACACCUAAAGAAAGAUGAAGAUGAAUUUACAUCAGUGGAUUCUAGUGCAUACGAUUCAUACAAAGAAUUACUCAAAGAUCCCAAUUAUUAUGUUGACAAUAAAGUCCAUUUGGAUGUAAAUGAUGAGAGUCUUAAUCCUAAAUUUUAUAAAGUUGUCAAAAGUAGUGCAGACGGCGUAUCCAAGAAAGUAGUUACUGUAGAAAACUUAAAAGUACACAAUGUCAAAGCCUUCGGUCAUUCUCUUUGGAAUCAAAGAGACGAUAAGCAUGAAUUUGCUAAAAAGUACGAGUUUUUCUCAGUUGGCGAUUCAAACCUUUUGCUCCUACAUCUAGAAACCAAAGGUCGAAGACAGACUAAAAAAUUUUUCAAGAAACAAGACCCUAAUACUCAAUGGGUAGAGAUGGGCAGCGAAUCUCAGUUCAAUAGCACACUAGCUUCAUUUAAAUUGGCAAAUCGACCAGUAAAGGUUGAUUUAGAUCUAUCUACUAAGCCUUUGACGACCGAUUACAGUGUCGACGUCACUUCUCUUUCUGGGAGUAGAACUAUGCUUGUUCUCACUCCAGUCAAAGGCAAAGUUGUCGGUAAACUAAAGUUCAAAGAAACUAAUUUAUGGACAUCCGAUGCCACCAGCAGAGGAGUCAAGGUUCACGUCUACCUUGAAGAUUAUGAUGUUAAGUUUGCCAAGCUUGAUGUAUUGACAACUCAGAACAAUCAAGAUCAACAAUCCGAGGUAAAGAGAAAGUGGACAUCUGAUACUGAAUGGGUCGAGACCAACUUUGAUACUGAUUUGGACCGAUUUAAAACAGAAGACAACCACAAACCAUUCAAAUAUAACUCUAAUUGGCAAUUACCAUCUAACAAAUUUGAUACAAAGUCAUUCUUGCCGGAAAACUUCACAGUUUCCGACGUGACGUCUGACCUCGUUAAGACAACGACAUACACUCCACAAACCUGGAUGCGGGUUAAUGAGGUGUUGGUUGAUGAAUUAAAAGUCUGGCCACUCGGAUCAGAUGCUGUCGAUGAAACGAAAAGGCUAAAAUUACUAGAGGUAUUGUCCAAAGAUCAUAUGGUCCAACUUGUUCGUCUUCAGAAUGUACUACUUACAACUCCAGAAACGACAGAAGAUCUUUACUACAAAAAGGAAGCCUUAGCUUUUGUGAAACUUGAUGACGUGACUAAGUUUGAUGAGUUGAAGAAAAAAUUGUCUCAGGAUGGCCAGUAUGUUGACGACAAAGUCAAAUUGGACCUGUCCUCGGAAGUUCCCACUACAAUGUUCUCUUCUGAAACUGUACUAGAAGAUGGGCUCGAGAAGACUGUUGUAGAAGUCAAAGUUGGUAAGUUGUAUCAAGUACAAGCCAGUCCACCUUUGUGGACAUCCGAAAAUGGAGAAUAUGUCACUAAACUCGAGAAAUAUUCAAAAGGCGAUAGACAAUUUUUGGUUCUUCAUCUUGAGAAAGAUGGCCAACCUUUUGGUAAAAAGUAUUUCGAAAAGCCAACAACACAACAACCGCAAGAUGCUGCUUCUCAGCGAGAAGGGCAGGGACAAGGUACGGAGCAAGCACGACAAGAAACACAAGUGGCUGCUGCACGUCCAUCAUUUCAGCAAGUCCAGUCUAAUACCGAUUUCUACCGAAAGUUGAAGGAAGUAAAGGCCACUGUAAGAUAUACAGAAGUUUCUCUUGACCUUAAUUCAUAUCAGGAUCAAAAAUUCUUGCUUAAGGAAUCUACCGUACAAAUGGCUAGGCUUUACGAAUUAUAUCCAAAAGCUGAAUACCGCGUUAAGUCCUUGGUCUUUGGCUCAAAGGAAUUGUGGACGAAAACUAAAGAUGACGAAAGGCUAGUUGAGGCAAAACUCUAUGUUCAUGAUUCGAAAACCAAAUUAGUUAAAGCUGUUGUUUGGGAGGGGGAUCAAAGUGAUGAUACCACUUCUACUUCUAAGUAUUUUCAAUUAAACGAACAAGGAGAUUCUUAUGAUACUAAAGAAAAGGAGGAGUUUGAUAAAGCACUGGAAAAAGUUCUUACGACCGAGCCCACACCACUUCCACCUUCUACUGUCGCUGUUUUGCCAACAGAGCCACUUUGUUUCAAUAAGUUGUUAUUAUCAGAUACCUUCGAUUCUCAACUUUUUAGUACCCAAACUCAGAAAAAGGGGGCUUAUACAGUCAAAACCGUGUCACCCUCAGGGGAUGACACCUUUGUAAACCUAGUUGAAACUGAUAGUACCGUAUUAUGGAAGGCACAACAAACAGAUCAAUUGUGGAAAUUGGCAACCAUGGCACUUUCCACAGACGUUGGCCUUUUGGAUUUAGUAUUUACUGAAAACUCAAAAGAUGUUCAUUCUUACUUUAUGUUCCAAAAAAAUGAGUGGAAGAAGGUUGAAAGUGCUGCCUACCUGAAAGAAUUAGCAAAAGUACCAGGUCAUCAAGUUCAACAAACUCUACAGUCUGCACGUCCAGGUCAAGUAGCUACAGAAGCUCCACCAGGUCCAGUAGCUACAGAAGCUCCACCAGUUCAACAACAAGGCCAAACAGCAGCUUCACCAGGUCUAUCAGCCACAGAAUCUACAACAUCUCAAUUAACAUCUCAAACCCCUGCAAUGGGUACAGCGCCUCCAGAAGGUUCAACGGGUAAAACACCUCAAGUUACAUCAGCUCAACCAUCAUCAUCAACAUCUGAAUCAGGUCAACAAUCAGGUGAAGCAUCAUCUCAAUCGCCUCAAGCAUCAUAAAACACACAUUCACUAGAAUUUCAUUUGGUUUUAAACACAUUACACAUAAAUUGGCAUAUGAUCCCCAAAUAAUAUAUACACACUAAUAUUCUCAAUUGAUU